AUGAGUGUUCAAGUGGAGUAGAAGAAGUAAUGAAACCGCUUCAAAAUGUGUCCCUUGCUAGUUGACUAACUUGGAAGUCUCUUUUGCUGCAAACCUUUCUUUAAUUUCAUUUGAGUCUAAUUUGACGGUGUAUUUAAACAGAUUCAACCGCCGUGCUGAUAAGGGUCCAAGUUGCUAGUUAGCUUGCUAAGCUCAUAAUGCUAUACAUCGUUUGAAUGAACAGACACCGGCGAGGCCGACUGGAUCCUCGGUGUUUCCUGCGUGGGCUAAACCGAACUUCGUCGACAGACACCGGCUUGUCUUUCCAGUGGCCGUCCGCUGCUGGAGCUUCGGGAACUUUAAAGUUCCACCCUAUCAAGAGGUUACUGAAGAGCUAUGGAGGCUCCUCCUGUCACUGUUAUGCCCGUUACUGGCGGCACUAUCAACAUGAUGGAGUAUUUAUUACAAGGAAGUGUGUUGGACCAGGCCCUGGAAAGUCUUUUACAUCGCUUGCGAGGCCUGUGCGACAACAUGGAACCCGCCACCUUUACAGACCAUGAGCUGGUUUACCUCCUGAAAGGCCAACAAGGUAAUCCUUUUAUCCUGCGGGCACGCCGCUCCCUCUCACAUCCCGCAGCCCCCUGGCACCUGCGUUACCUGGGCCAGCCGGAAGUAGGGGACAAGAGCCGCCAUGCCCUCGUGCGCAACUGUGUGGACGUGGCCGCCUCACACAGCUUGCCCGAGUUCCUCAAUGAAAUGGGCUUCCGCAUGGACCAUGAGUUUGUGGCCAAUGGGCACAUUUUCCGCAAAGGCGCCAUGAAAGUAGUGGUUAGCAAGCUGUCGCGAAUCCUUGUCCCGGGCAACACUGAUAACACAGAGCGUCUGUCGCUGUCAUACUUGGUGGAAUUGAGCGUUUUGGCGCCUGCCGGGCAGGACACUGUGUCGGAGGACAUGCGCAGUUUUGCUGAGCAGCUGAAACCUCUGGUUCACCUUGAGAAGAUUGACCCCAGCAAACAGAGACAUUGAAUGACCCCCUUCUUCCAUGCGUAUGAAUAUUGACUCUAGCAAACAUGGACAUUGAAGGACCCCCACCGUCAUAGACAUGUGAGAUCUCUUGUUUAUUUUUACACAGUCUCUCCAUGUUACAUGAAAUGAAAUACAACUAAGCCUUGACCUAAA